AUGACGUCUGACGAAAGCAAAUUUGGGAAUAUUUAUAGCCAUCCAUCAACCACUCGGGAGCUAGAAUUUCAAUCAAUGGCCUCUGCAAUACCUGGCGACGAAGAGACGCCGCUCGUCGCCGAUAAUUCGCCGCUCGAAGCGGUGAAGGGCAGGAGUCACACCAGGGAUAUUCACAUCCUCAGUUUGGCCUUUCUCUUGGUUUUUCUCGCCUUCGGAGCCGCCCAGAAUCUGCAGAGCACUCUCAACACUGAGGAUGACUUGGGUACCACUUCUCUAGGGAUCUUGUAUUUGUCUUUCACAUUCUUUUCCGUGGUUGCUUCUUUGGUGGUGCGAGUUCUCGGCUCUAAGAACGCUUUGCUUCUUGGGACUACUGGGUAUGUCCUGUAUGUGGCUGCCAACUUGAAACCAAAUUGGUAUACAUUGGUCCCUGCUUCUGUGUAUCUUGGGUUUUGUGCUUCCAUAAUAUGGGUUGGAGAGGGAACAUAUCUCACUUCUGCUGCACGCAGCCAUUCUUCAGAUAACAAAUUACAUGAAGGUGCAGUAAUUGGUGACUUCAAUGGGGAAUUCUGGGCCGUGUAUGCACUCCAUCAGUUUAUUGGAAAUCUUAUUACAUUUGCUUUACUGAGUGAUGAUCAGCAGGAGGGAAGUACCAAAGGAACAACUUUAUUGUUUAUUGUAUUCCUUUUCAUUAUGACUUUUGGUGCAAUAUUAAUGUGCUUCUUGCGCAAACGGAGUGUUAAUACUAAGGGGGAACAAGAGCUUUCAGGUGCAGAUGCUGGUGCAUGUGCGUCCUUGAAGUCUCUAUCUAAAUCACUUGCCAGUGCAUUGUCUGAUAUAAAGAUGUUAUUGAUCAUACCCCUUAUUGCAUAUUCAGGUCUACAACAAGCAUUUGUGUGGGCUGAAUUUACCAAGUACGUUGUAACUCCCGCAAUUGGUAUUUCAGGUGUGGGUAGUUCAAUGGCAGCAUAUGGGGCUUUUGAUGGAAUAUGUUCUCUGCUUGCUGGUCGUCUCACCUCCGGUCUCACGUCUGUUACAACAAUAGUUUCCGUUGGAGUUUUUGCUCAGGCAGUCGUAUUAAUCUUACUUCUGCUAGAUUUUAGUAUAAGUAGCGGAUUCCUUGGUACUCUUUACAUACUCUUUUUGGCUGGUUUAUUGGGCGUUGGUGAUGGAGUUUUAAUGACGCAACUUAAUGCAUUGAUUGGAAUACUAUUUAAGCACGACACGGAAGGGGCUUUUGCUCAGCUAAAGAUAUGGCAAUGUGCUACAAUUGCUACCGUGUUCUUUUUCGCCCCGCUCAUCUCGUUCAAAUCUGUGCUUAUAAUUAUGCUUGCUUUUCUUUGUGUCUCCUUCUGCAUUUUUCUAUGGCUUGCUCUGAAGGUGGAAAACACAUCAUCACUCUCUACCAGUCACUGA